GAAUCGAACGGUCGUGUGUACGGAUGAAAUAAAUUGGAAUAGCUAAAGUGACAACAUUCGUAAAGAUUAAUGUCUUAUUAACUUUCGUGUAGAAGUGCUAAGUUAUAAAUUAAAUAAAAAUCGACUGAUUUGCUUGAACUCAUUUACUUAACUCUACUUAAUUUGGCGUGCACAAGUGAAUUGAACAGUUUACGAGCGUCUGUUUUUCCCUCACACACUGCGUGUGUGCCUGUAUGCGUGUGUCUGUAUGAGUGUUUCUGGAUGCAUUUGUUUAUUCCGACCGCCAAAUACUACUUUCUUAGUGAACUUGCGUUGCUGGGCGGUGCUGUCAUUACCCCACCCUUCCACGCGCCCUUCCCGCAUUCACGCAUUGUGCAGAAAAAAAAUCGAAACUCCCGCACAUGAACUGUAUGCUGAGUUUUCGGAACUGCUACAAAACGAAAACAAAAAUAGAAACAAAAAGAAAAAUGAUUUAAAGCAUAACACGAAAUUACGGUUGAAUGCUAAUGCGUGACACAAAACCUGCGUAAAUUUAUUCAAAAUACACAAAAAAAAACUAUUUUUGUACUUUUCCAUAACGAAACGCAUCGCACAACACUGACAAUAACUGUUUACCGAAUUGUUUGGCAAUUUGUAUAUAAACAGUAGAAACAAAAAACAAGAAACGCCUACUGAGCUUUAAACUAGCCGACUACUUUUUAUACCCAGUGUUUAACGCUUGGAGCCCACUGUGCUGAACUGUUAACAUAAUCAAGAGCAAUAAACAAGUGCUUUAAAUUUUGUUUAAAUUAAGACUGGAUAUAAAAAGCAAUCGUUGUCAUUCGACCUAAAAUGUAAACUGUGUGUGUAAGUUUACGAUUUGAACAAUAACAACAAAAAGCAGUCUAUAAUGGUUGUAAUUUCGCUAAUAAACAAUUCACGGACACGGAAACCACGUGGAGGCAACUUGAACUCCAUUUGAGAACAGCAGGAGGAGCGACUGUGGCAGCAUCAGCUGCUAAUCGACUACAACAACAAGCAUAAAUCAUCGUCAAGCAACAACAACAUUGCGAUUGAGUUGCAAGCCUAAGCAAAGUGAAGAGCAAAAAAAAAAAACACCAUACAACGCAUUAAUCAUACGCCGCGUGCGCCACACUUGAAACGCCCUGUGAAAAUUGCCCCAACGAAAUGUUCGCGAAAAGGCCGCACAAUGCGCCGCGCACUUGACACGCGUUGAGUUACCGUUACCGUUACCGUUACCGUCAUUACCGUUACGUGCAUCGGACAAUCGAUAAAUUUGAAAUCGUUUAUUUGAUUUUUUUGGGUUUUUAGUUUCGCGUCGCUUGUUUUUUAUUUCUUUGUGCAUUCGUUUUGUUUAGUCGAAGUGCCGCAUGUACGUGUCCGGGCUAAAAACGUUUACGGGCAGCUACAACUGCAACAAAAACAACAACAACAAUAGGAACUACAAUCGAAGUGGCAGCCAAUUUAAUUUGCAGCCAACAUUUACACAAUUAUUCUCUAGCUGGCCAGUGUUAAAUACGUUAACGUUCUUAAUGAAUGACUUUCGGCUAAAGUCACUUUAUCGUGCCACUAAAAAGACAACAACAACUACAACCGCCGCCGCAGCAGCGGCAGCAACAACAACAGCCCUUGGCAGCUCCAUUAAAAAGCAAAAGAACAGCAGCAGCAACAAGAAAUCCUCCUCAACAACAACAAAAUCAACAACAAAGACAACAACAACUUUUGAUAAUAGCAACAUUAACAAUCCGCGCACUUACAACAACAGCAGCAAAUCGAAUAAAGUGUUUCUACAUUAUAUACCACGCGAUCCGCGUCUAAGAAUUUUCAACAAGACCGCCACGCUGAAUAAACACUUGGCCCAUCCAGAACGCACUUUAAGCGAAUUGAAUAUAACUGAAGAUUUGUGCAAUUAUGGUGAAUUAAUUGGCGGCAGUGACAGUGACAACAAUAACAACAACAACAACAAUAAAAACAACAAUCACAAUUACUAUAACAACGAUAAACAAUUGAAAUUUCAAGGUCUACUGUUCAAGUUUUAAAACCGACAACUUCCAGUGUUGUUAAGUGCAAAACUUUUUUUGUAUUUUAUUCGGAAUCUUGAGUCGAGCCGGAUUACUUAGGCUGCGAACACAAAAGCGUGUGCAAAUAAAGGGUUGAUCAAUUGGAAAUUUGGAUUAGAGCGAAACGUAAGCAAUCUUAAUCCACCUACAGCUACUUAAAGAGAAAUUAAAUAGAAAUUUUUGCUGAAAUCUAUGUAACUGUGUUCACAAUUAAUUGUAACAAGUGCAAAUU